GAGGAGCUACAUCAUAACGACGUUCCAGCUCAGCGGCUGGAGGAGCACAUUACAAGUAUGGCUGGAGACAGUGAGACACAUUUAGGGGACCGCGGCGAGAACACCCAGGUUGUUCGGCAACCUUUCCUCAUCGGUGUCUCCGGUGGCACUGCCAGCGGCAAGUCGUCUGUGUGUGAGAAGAUCAUGGAGCUCCUGGGACAGAACAAGAUUGACCACCAUCAGCGGCAGGUGGCGAUCCUCAGCCAGGACAGCUUUUACAAGGUGCUGACUCCUGAGCAGAAAGCCAAGGCACUCAAGGGCCAGUUUAACUUUGAUCAUCCAGAUGCCUUUGACAGCGAGCUGAUCAUACAAACACUGAGACAGAUCCUUCAGGGGAAAACGGUCCAGAUCCCAGUUUAUGACUUUGUCACUCAUUCCAGGAAAGACGAGUUUGUUAUGGUGUAUCCGGCUGAUGUGGUCCUGUUUGAGGGCAUCCUCAUGUUCUACUCGCAGGAAAUCAGAGAUCUGUUCCAGAUGAAGCUGUUUGUUGACACAGAUCCCGACACACGGCUGUCGCGUCGAGUUCUGAGAGACAUCAGUGAACGUGGCAGAGACCUGGAGCAAGUGCUCAGUCAGUACAUCACUUUUGUGAAGCCGGCCUUCGAGGAGUUCUGUUUACCUACGAAGAAGUAUGCAGAUGUCAUUAUUCCACGAGGAGCAGAUAAUCUUGUGGCCAUCAACUUGAUAGUACAGCACAUCCAAGACAUUCUGAACGGCGGACCAAGCAAACGUCACAACGGCUGCACGAACGGCCACAGCACUCCACGGCAGCGGCGGACCUCCGAGUCAAGCAGUCGGCCUCACUGACCCCGUCACACCUCUCUUCACAGAAGGGAGAGGGGUGUGGGGUGUUGUAAAUAAUGCCUGUGGGCAUCACUGUAUUUAAAAGAGGAGAAGAAGAAGAAAUGCAAAGAGAAUUGAAAUGCCUUUUAUUAUAUCAUGACUACUCUUAUGUUAUUGGUUAUUUCAUUGUAACUUUCCAUCGGAUUUGAUUUUUAUUUUGUCAUGAGGGUAAAGAUGAGCUCUUGUUGCGAUGAGACCAUUGGUUAAAUAUUGAUCCCAUGCAUUUCACCCCUGCC